AUGAGCAAGAAGCGCAAAGCCGAAGGAGACCAACCUGCGACGCUCCACGACUUCUUUGGCCGUCGGCCAAGCCAUAGCGUCUCUCCCAUGAAAGGGACACCUCUUACGAAGAAACAGAAGACUACAAACGUCAAGGAUUGGGUGAGCAAGAGUGAAGAAGUAGGGUCUUCCUCUCUCCCUACCGGCAAGACGUUUGUUCCCGAUGGCGUAGAGGUCAUCGAAAUUGAUGACUCAGACGAGGAGUUGCCAUCCCGGGGUUCAGGUGCCGACCGGGACGUGUCUAGUUCCCGGGCAUUUUUUGGCAAAGCGAUCCCAAAGGCGCGCAAUCUCGACGAGGUGAAGAACCCACCCAUCAUCCAGAGCGAUCUCAACACAUCGAAAGGAGUCCAGUCCCUUGAUACGACAUCCUUUUUCCUUGAUUCCCCUCCUGUUCGACCGACAGUCCCAGCACCGAGCCUGACAUCAUUGCAAAGUACCUCUGCAGAUGCUAUCAACGAUAUUGAAGAGACAGAACAAGAGAUUGAGAACCUCUUGAAGAGACUAAGUCCAGAGGAGUGGGGCGAGGGAGAGGGUGUGGCUUUUGACACUCUCAGCACUGGUGCGAGCGAACCAGAAGACGAAGCUUUUGGAUUUGCUCCUGACACCAUAGAGAAUACCGCAGACACGAUGGAGGUUGUGGAUCUCGAGGCAGAUGAUGAGCCAAUAGAGCUUGUCGACCUCAGCGACGAUGAAGCUCCGACUCUCGUCUCUUCGUGUCCUAUAUGUCACUUUCAUCUCGGGAAUCUGGACGAGGCGGCGUCCUCCAAUCACGUCAAUAGAUGCCUUGAUAAGGCAAUGAAGCGUAGAGCCAAUGCACCAGAACUUACUCCACCGCGUUCCCACAAGCGACCACCCGAGCCAGCUGCUUCGACCGAAAAUCAAAAGUCGUUGAAUGCAGAACGAGGCUUGGAAAGAGGCAUCAGAGGCGGAAAAACCAAGUGGCGCAAGAUGGAUACGAAGGGAAAGGGAAAGGCGAAAGCUGAACCCAAGACUGAAGAAAUUGAAGAUUUAUCUGACAGUGGUGAGACAAAGAAUAAAUCGACAAAUCAAGCGUCGACAAGUGGCAACGUUGCGAGACGUCCUGCUCCAUUCUAUAAAGUCAUGCAAGGCAUGCCCAUUGCCGUUGACGCAUUUCGAUACGGAAAGAUACCUGGAGUUACUGCAUAUCUUCUGACGCAUGCUCACUCUGACCAUUACACCAACUUGUCUGCCAGCUGGAAGCACGGUCCAAUUUAUUGUUCAGAGACUACGGCAAAUCUCGUGAUUCAUAUGCUGAAUGUGGAUCCGAAAUGGGUACAUCCGCUUCCUAUGGACACCAAAGUAGAGUUGCCCGAUACGGGGGGAGUCACGGUCACACUCAUCCAAGCAAACCACUGUCCGGGUUCCUGUCUGUUUCUCUUCGAGGGAAAGCAGACUGUCAAUGCUGGAGAUUCCAGCUUUCACUCGGCAUUUGUCGGAACUGCUCGUGUUUUUCGAUACCUUCACUGUGGAGACUUUCGAGCUUGUCCAAAACACGUUUCGCACCCGAUGAUUCAAGGCAAGCGGUUGGAUUUAAUCUAUUUGGAUACUACCUAUCUCGACCCAAAGUAUUGCUUCCCUCCACAACAAAUGGUGAUUGACGCGUGCGCGGAAUUGGCACUGAGAAUAGUCAAGAAUGGAGGUGACACUAACCUCCUCGACGCAAGUGCCAACUCGACAGUCAAAACUUGGCUUGGGAAUAAGGAGGAAACGCCUCUUGCUCAGGAUUCGUCUGCGGUUAAACCAAUCCUAGUGGUUCUUGGGACCUACACCGUUGGCAAGGAAAGAAUCGUCAAGGCUAUUGCUCGCGCACUCAACACGUCCAUUUAUUGUGAACCCCGCAAACGGCGGUUCUUCGAAUGUCAAUCCUCCGAAGAUCCAGAACUACUCGAGAUGCUUGGCGAUGAUCCACUGAAAUGUGAUGUACAUGUCAUCAGUCUCGGAGACGUGACUUCAGACGCUCUUCCGUUGUACCUGGAAAAGUGGAAAGGCCGAUGGGAAAAGGUGCUCGGAAUCAAGCCGACUGGAUGGACAUAUUCACCUCCCGCUGGAACUGAUAUGGCAAACCUACAAGUAAUCCUUCAGCGAGAUCAGAGGAAGACUUAUAAUUGGGCCUCGCUGAGGCCCAUGCGCAACUCGACUCCAAAUGUGAUGCUCUAUGGCGUUCCAUACUCUGAACAUAGUUGA